GAGUCGCCAUUGAGUCACACGGCCAGGGAGCUACCGCAGCACAGACGGUAUCCCCCCCGAUGAGGAGAAGGAAGACAUCUCGUGUGCCUCAUGUACCAUAGCGCUGGUUCAUAAAGCUUUGCCCUGACCAGCUCUUCACGGGGUCAUGUACCACUUCCCAGUGUCCUCUCCGCCACGAUGCUCGGUUCUGUGAACUCUGCGUCGUUGUUUGCUGUCCGGCCUACAUGUACUCGUCCCACGUGAGUGGCAAGUAUCAUCGUGCAAAGGUGGCCAAGGGUAGCGACAUCACCAUCCUCUGCCCAAUAUGCAACACGCGCCUCGCCGGAGAGGCAACUUGGCUUCAGCACAUAAACAGCACCGAUCACUGCUCCAAAGCUCAAGCUACCGGGAAAUCAGCCUCGGUCUACCCUCGCGAUCCUUCGACCCCCAGCGCGAACUUCUGCCUUAUCUGCAAGAGGAGCGUCCCAAUGUCCGUUUGGACUACACAUCUUCGUGGCGUCGUACAUCAGCGGCUUCAGCAGAACGCACAGUAUCGGUCGCAGUACGAACAAGCGGAACUAGGCCAGCACGGCGUUGCCAUAUCGAAUGGGGAUGGUGGCCUGGAUCUGGGUGUCGUGAGCGUGGAGGACGCGAAGAAAGGAUUGCAGCGCCAGCUGACCAUCACCCUCGACGCUUCAGCACCUGCCGUGUCUAUCACUGGCGUCGCGAUCUUCCCAAGUGUCGUCAACAAAGCAACAUCGUUCUCUGCAUCAACCUCCAAGCUUGGGAAAACGCUCGUGGCCGGGACCUCAAAGAACGUUCACGUCAUAUUUCGUCAAGAGCAUCGUGGUAGAUUUCAAGAUCGACUCGAGGUCACAUUCAAGAUCCUCUCUACCGAACGGACUUUCCUUAUUUCCCGCAGCUUGCGCGCCGUGGUUGGGAAUGCAGCAGAUCACGAGCUUCUUCGGCCUGCUGCGCCAUAUGUCCGCCGCGGGCGUGCUCCUUGGAAGCAUGGUGAGGUCGUAGGAGAAGGGGACCGUCCGCCAGCGCUGGAUGCUGUCCAGUGGGCGAAACCAUUGCCACCAUCCCUCAUCCCGUCGAAUCUGGCCGACAUUCUGAGCGAUGGCAACAUACGCGAUGUGCUCAAUCAAGUGCGAGCCAGGUUUCUACCGGAAUUUCGCAACGCGACGCAUGGUCAAUGGUUCCGCGUACUGUUGUGGGUAGAAGAAAGUCGUAUGGUGGAAGAUCUUCACACAUACGAUAUUGAGGGGGCCCAAUUCACGAAGGAGGGACGCCUGUACACACUCCCUGUCCCCGGACUGUCUGAGAAACGGCCAAGCGUCGUUAAAGGCGACGCGAUCUUAGCACAAAUCGGCGGCCAAGGUCAUACACACAAAGGUUACGUUCAUCACGUACGCCGAGAUGAUAUCUGCGUCAGCUUCAACGCAUCCUUCAAGGCCGGGGCGCGGUACACCGUGCGCUUCCUAUACAACCGUACGCCCAUUCGACGUCAGCACCAAGCACUCCUCGCGUCGUCAGCAGCCUCUCAGCGGCUGCUCUUCCCGAUCCCGGGGUUUGAGGGCCUCGCACAAGCUAUCACCCCCGCGCAAUACCCCUUGACGCUCUACAAUACGCAGAUUGCCACCAACGCGGCACAGCUGCAAGCCGUGAAGUCGAUCCUACAGCUCAGAACUGGCGCUGCGCCGUUCAUCGUGUUCGGACCACCCGGCACUGGGAAGACGGUCACCAUCGUCGAAGCGAUACGUCAGAUUCUGCGCCGUCAGCCGGAUGCGCGGAUCCUUGCCUGUGCCCCGAGCAAUAGCGCCGCGGACCUACUGUCUCAGCGACUUAGCUCGCUCAAUCCCUCUCAGCUGUUCCGGUGCAACGCUGUGCACAGGGAUCUUCUCGGACUCCCCGAAGACCUUGUUCCGUAUACCUUCCGCAGAAACGACCUCUUCACCCUGCCACCCAUCGCCGUCCUGCGGACCUACAAGGUGAUCGUGACGACAUGCGGCAACGCAUCCUUCGCGUACAACAUUGGCAUGCCCGAGGGCCAUUUCACCCAUAUCUUCAUCGAUGAAGCAGGGCAAGGGUCUGAGCCAGAGGUGCUCACCGCCAUCAAGACGGUCGCCACGGUCGGGACUCAUGUCGUUCUUUCCGGAGAUCCGAAGCAGCUGGGGCCGGUGAUACGCUCUAGCGUCGCUCGAGAGCUAGGACUGGGAAAGAGCUACUUGGAGCGCCUGAUGGAGAUGCCCGUUUACGACUCCCAGACUGGGCGGGGCCGCUCCUUCGUGAAGCUGUUGAACAACUUCAGGUCCCACCAGGCGAUCCUUGACUACCCCAAUGCGCAGUUCUACAACAACGAGCUCCAAGUGUGCGGCGCCACGACGACCAUCAACGCACUGCUCGGUUCGCCUGUGCUCGUGAGCCCCCGUUGGCCGGUGGUGUUCCACUACAUCUCGGGCGAGAACGAGCGCGAGUCCACCUCGCCAUCGUACUUCAACAUCGACGAAGCCACGGAAGUACUCGACUAUAUCAAGAGACUGCUGAAGGACCGCCAGCACCCUGUCCGCGCAGAGGAUAUCGGCAUCAUCACCCCGUACUAUGCUCAAGUGCGGAGGAUUCGUCUCCUCCUAAGUAAUGAGUGUAUUGAAGGCGCCAAAGUGGGGAGCGUCGAGGAGUUCCAAGGACAGGAGCGCAAGGUGAUUAUCGUCUCGACCGUGCGAAGCACGCGCGAUUUGCUCUCCUACGACGCCAAGUUCACGCUUGGUUUCGUGUCGAACCCGCGUCGAUUCAACGUGGCCAUCACGCGUGCGCAGGCUCUUCUCGUCGUCAUCGGCGACGCCUCCGUCCUGUCGAUCGAUCCGCUCUGGCGAGCGUUCAUGAACUACGUCCACCUGCACAACGGCUGGCGCGGCGACGCGCCGACCUGGGACACCAGCGCCCCGGUCCAGAUGGACGGGAACUACGCUGCGGAGAUCCGUGACGCUGCCGCGGCGGAUGUGGAGGCCUUCAUGGCGCGGCUCGGCCUCGACGACGACGAUGUUGAGGGGGAUGCGAACAUGGAGCGUCCUUUCCAGGAAACGGAGUGAGCUGCUGGCUCGUCUCUCGGAACGGCUGCGUUGUGUAUCUGUAUCUAGUACUAUCUUGGACCGAUCUUGUACCUACACCUAUGGCUUGUAUCAAGGACUGUUUUCUUGCUGUAUUUUGACCAUACGUGUCUCCAAACCAUGCGGCAAGGCGAAUAUCAGAUAUCAUAACC